GCCAGACACCUAUAUGCGCCCACAGCACUCAAAGGGUUGUUCGCGAACGAAAGGGAAUCGUCUCGAGAAAGAAAAAUCGCUUAUAAGUAUUUGAGCACAUCGAACUUUCAACGCUCGAUGAGACGAAUGAGCGAUCGUGGCGGAGAAGGAUCAGGACCAGCUCCUCAGCUAGAUGGCCGAAGAAAUUCGGUCGUUACGAUGGAAAGAGUGUCAUCGACGUUGUUUGGCAGUAAUCGUCAGUUGGACGUUAUGGACAACAUCGCAGACCUAAAAGCGAGGAAGGUGCGCUUAAGGAUGUACAGGACGUCGACGGAGCAAGUGUACGAAAUGCAGCCGCUGGAGGGUAACAGUUCUGUUCAACGUUACACUGAACAGCCGAAACAACGAUUCUUUGAAAUGCCUACUCUGUCGGUUUCGCCGACGUCUUCUCUCCGAAAGCGCGUCUCGGAACUGCCAAGAGCCGCGAGAACACCCGUUUUCGGUGCUGCGGGCAUGGUCUGCUCUAAUAGGGAUCUGAUAUCGAUCCUAAGCUCGGUAGGGUCUUCCGCGACGGAAAUGUCGAAGAAGCCGGAAGAUUUAGCAACGGCCAGUUCAAGUCUUAGGUUCGAUGAAUUGAAGGUAGUGAAGGCGAUGAAGAAAAUGUUCGGUAAAAAGUCCCCUAAUAGCGAGGUCGUAUGGGACAACACUAGUGGAACCAAAGUGGACGCUCAGGUAUUUGGUAGCGCAAUUGAGAAGAUAUUAACGGCGCAGAAGGGAAACGAUACGGAGAUACCGAGGGCUUCCGGGUCGAGCGGAAAGCCCUCGGUAUCUUCGAACAAACCAAUGUCAGGUGAAGUGACAAAUUUGUUUUGGAAUAGCAAGAACCAAAAGCAGACGGAAUUCAGCGAACCGUCUCUCUGUUCUUCCCUAAAGGACCUAUUCAAGAAGUAAUGGGGAAGAACAAAUACUAAUAAAUGUUAAGUGUCUCUAGUUUAAUUAACACUUCUUUAUCUAAGAAUUUCUUCCCUAAAAGACCUAUUCAUUAUGUAAUGUAGAAGCACAAAUACUAAUAAAUGCUAAGUUUCUCUCGUUUAA